GCACAGCGCUCCCAUUUCAUCAUGAGCUUCCAAACGAAGAAGAUCAGCACUUUCAGUAGCAGCAGCACCGGCGGCGGCGGCAGCGGCAGCUUACGCAUCGGCAGAAGCGGCAGCAGCGGCGGCAGCAGCAUGCGCAGCAUCAGCAACAUCGGCAACUUCCGCAGCAGCGGCGGCGGCAGCACCUUCAGCUCAAAGCGCAGCAGCGGCGGCGGCUUCGCACGCAGCAGCAGCGGCGGCGGCGGCGGGCUCGGCGGCGGGUUGCAACAAAGGAGAGCUUUGAGCCAAUACUCAAUGGGGUCUGCCAGGCAAAUAUCCCACGCACGUGGAAUAGGACAACAGUCCUGCAUUGAUAUCAACGUACCCAUACCAGCAAACGACACCACCCAGCAAGCAGUCCGGGUGCUGGAGACGAAACAGAUUACUUCACUCAACAACCAGUUUGCCAAUUUCAUAGGCACAGUUCGCGCACUCGAAGAGAGAAAUACUCAACUGAAAGUCCAACUGAGCCUCAUGCAGCAGCAGGGAUCUUUCUCGUCCAGCAUCGAUAAGAUGUUCGAAGCCUACAUUCAAAACCUCAAGCAGCAACUGGAAGCCCUUGGGCAGGAGAAGCUGAAGUUCGAGAUGGAACUUGUGCAAAUGCAAGGUUUAGUUGAGGACUUUAAGACCAAAUACGAAGAUGAGAUUAACAAGCGGACAGAAGUGGAAAACGAGUUUGUCAUGGUUAAGAAGGAUGUCGAUGAAUCCUAUAUGAACAAGGUGGAACUGGAAGCGAAACUAGAAAGGUUGUCGGAUGAAUUGGACUUCCUCAAGGCAAUAUUUCAAGCGGAAAUUGAUGAGCUGCAAACACAGGUGCAGAACACUUGUGUCAACGUGCAGAUCGCCUCCCGUGCUCAAAUUGAUAUGCAGGGUAUGAUUGAGGAAAUCCAGAACCAAUACAAAAGGAUGGCAGACCAGAGCCGCCAGGAAUGUGCGAGGUGGAAAGAGUCGAAGAUGCAGGAGCUGAGCAUGUCUGGAGGUACUGGAGAUGACAUGCGAAUAAUCAAAUCCGAGUGUAAUGAUCUGAUGAGUAAUAUCCGUAGACUAACUAUGGAUAUUGAAAAUCUUAAAAAACAGCGUGCAGCACUCGAGGCUGCGUGCACAGAAGCAGAGGAACGUGGCGAACUCUCUCUCAAAGACAGUAAAUUGAGGAUUCAGCAACUGCAGGAAGCCAUCCAGAAAGCAAAGAACGAGCUAACCAUACGAGCCCGUGAAAUGGAGGAGCUGCUGAGUGUCAAGUUGGCCCUGGACAUUGAAAUUGCCACCUACAGGAAGCUACUGGAGGGAGAGGAGCAGAGGUUGACCGAUGGGAUACAAACUAUCAGCAUCCAACAAAGCACGCAGAGUGGUGCUGGUGGUGGUGGUGGUGGUGGUGGACGAUUUGGUAAAUCUUAUGGGAGUAGUUAUGGAGGAAUGGAAACCUCUUCCUACAGCAGUUCUUCAACAAAAUCGCCGCUAGUGGUGAAAAUGAUUGAGGAAUCAGACGGUGUGACGAUUUCAACAUCUUUCAAUAAAGUGGCAUAAAAUCAAAAAUAAUUCAUUGAAUUAUAAAUCUUCAGUAAUAUCUCUUGUUCAUUUGCAAUCUUUAUAUGAAAGUAGAAUUCUGUUAAUUCUAGCUUUGCAACGUUGGAAUUUAAAAAAAAAUACCAACGCUAUAAAAUGCCUUUUCUACAUCUUCUGUUGGAGAAGGAUAUUCUUAUCUACUGACCAAUGUUGGAUACAAAACCGGCCACACAAAAAAAUAAAUUUACUUAUUUGUGACAUAGAUAAUAGGUGCAGGAGUAGGCCAUUUGGCCCUUCGAGCCAGCACUGCCAUUCAAUGUGAUCAUCCCCAUAUCCUGCCCGUUCCUGCCUUCUCCCCAUAUCACCUGACUCUAUCCUUAAGAGCCCUAUCUAGCUCUCUUGAAAGUAUCCAGAGAACCGGUCUCCACCGCCCUCUGAGGCAGAGAAUACCACAGGCUCACCAUCUCUGUGAGAAAAAGUGUUUCCUCGUCUCCUUUCUAAAUGGCUUACUCCUUAUUCUUAAACUGGCCCCUGGUUCUGGACUCCCCCAACAUCGGGAACAUGUUUCCUGCCUCUAGCGUGUCCAAGCCCUUAACAAUCUUAUAUGUUUCACUGAGAUAUCCUCUCAUCCUUCUAAACUCCAGAGUGUCAUCAGUGGCAAUAUAUCAGAUUAACAUUUUGUGGAUUUAUCCAUCGGUUUUACAUUGCUGAACACCUCGAAAGGUUACUUGUUUUCGUAUUCAUGACUGAAAAAAAUUGUUGGAAUUUAACAAUAAAUCUUUAAAUUUUGCGACUUUGGUUCUGGCAGACUAUCAACUGGAUAUAACUACGUAGUGCAGCAUUUUGAAUAAACUUAAAUACUAAUUGAAUUGUUGGCCUUAAAACUGUUACAAAUGGAUCCACUUCAUGAAUUUGUAUCCCCUUGUUGCUUGCAUCAUUUUACAAUAAAAACAGAAUGUGCAUUAUCAUCAAUUACAAA